AGGGCCUGUGUGCAUGACCAUUGUUUUUUAUGUCAGUCAGAUGAGCUGUCUUUUGAUGAAGGAGACACGCUGUACAUCACAGACACAUCAAAUGCUGCCUGGUGGAAAGGCCGGUGUAACAACAAAACAGGGCUCAUACCAUAUAAUUACGUGGAAGACAAGUUAGAGUCUAUAGAUUAUCCAUUACACGACGCAGCCAAGAGAGGCAAUAUUACUUUCCUGGAGGAAUGUUUAACAAAUAAAGUAUCGGUUAAUGGUCUAGACAAGGCCGGAUCAACACCUCUGCAUUGGGCAGCUCGCGGAGGUCACAUGGAUUGUCUGGAGAGGCUUCUUCAAAGUGGCAAGUGUGAAGUGAAUGCACAGAACAAACUUGGGGAUACAGCUUUACACUCAGCUGCCUGGAAGGGACAUGCACAAGCAGUCAAAAUGUUAUUAGAGAAAGGUGCUCGAACUGAUGUGAAAAAUAAUGACGACAAAGUUCCUUAUGACCUCUCUAAAGACGCGGCAUGUUCAGCAGCAAUCAGACAAGCAGCCAUGCCUCGUACGUUAUCAGCUGACUAUGGAGAGGAGGGAGACUCCGAUUGAGUAUCUGGAGUGUGUCACAUAGACUUUCACCAUAAAUAUCCACCAAUGGGGCCAAAACGAAAUGACGUUCUCACUCCAGUGAAGGGAAAAACUCAUUGGAAAUGUUGUGACAGUUUACCACAGAACUUAAACAUCUUAUAAAUAGGAGACAACCAUUCAUAUUAUACUAUGUUUAUGUAUGAUAUUUGAUGCUGUGAUAGAUGUAUUAAAGAGUUAUUAUAGGACCGUAUUUGCCAGCCGUACUGAAGUGCGUAAUGUACCACAACAAUUUAUCUUACCUUCGUGACAUAUCAAUCUACUUACCCUACUUGUAUUAAAUAAAAGGCCUUCUCAUUGUGCUUAUAAGCGAUUCUUUUCUAAUCAACUUGAGCAAAUCUUUUGAAAAAAAUGUUGUUUUUGUUUAUGUACCACAGUCAAUUAUUUCUUUACCAGUUUUGUGAUCAAACAUAGUAUUAGAGGUUCAGAAUUAUUUGAGCAAGGGGAUGAAUCUCGGGAUUUUAGAACUUAUUUGAUUAUUGCUGUUUAAUUAGAGUCAUUACAAAGAUUUAUCCUUACACUGAUAAACUUCCUCACGUUAAGAGGCGUGCAGAUCUUUUUUCUUGUUUCUUCAGAUGAUAUGAGUUAUAUUAUUAUAUAUUAUACUCAGAUAUUUUUCUCAUACCUUGUGUAAGAUCUGAAACCUGGGUCACCGUAACAUGUGACCCACUGCAUUCACCAUUUAUCUGUCAUCAAACACUGAGUGUCCUCUUUCCAUAAAUAAUUCAUAUUUUUCUUCCUUCACUGCCAGAAAUUGAUGUGCAGGACGAAAAGGUGUCAAGAUGGACUAAAAUUUCAGCAAUUUUCUUUUCAUGACUUACAUUGCUCCCGUGUCAGUCGUGUUCCCUCGGAGAGGGCUGGGUAAUGUUUUUAUCAAUAAAGUAUAACUUUUUCGGAAUAUUUUGUUUUCAUUGGGAAAUAAUUUGAACUUGAAUAAUUAUUAUAGGAUGACAGUUUGAUAAGUUAAGACCCUGACCUCCUACCUAAGCGCUUGGAGCAGGGUCCAAAUAGAGGAAAUGAUCUGAAAUUCAAUCUUCACUCCCUAAAGUCAUUUUGUCCCAAAUAAACAGUUGCCAUUUAACAUUUCAUAAACUAGGAUAUCUUGCCUUCUAUACAUAAUUAUUUAAAUGACACAACACAAAACCAAACCCAGGUGACUGUUAUGGUCCAUCAGUUACUCGUUCUUAUACAUGUACCUUGUCAUAUUGACAAACCCAGAUCUUUUUCUCAUACCUUUUGAUAGUGUAAGAUGUACUGUUUCAGUAAGCUACUAAUUGUUAUUUCAAUGCAUGUCAUAAAUCUAGAUUUUAAAUUGUAUAAUUCAAAGAUAAAUUACACAACCAGGUAGGGUUAUUUUUAGCUAUGUCUAGAUUUCAUCUUGGGGCAUUUAUCUGUAAUCUCCCAUUUGAAUUUUCUUUCCAUGUAUUAAGAUAUUGACCUGGCCAAUCAGGAGGUCGGCAGUAUUUAUUAACGUAUAACAGUAUUUUUUAUUGUACAUUACAUUGUAUCUGUUGGAAUAGCCAUUUACCAUACAACAUACUUUGUACCCACACUGUAUGGUGUAUUUCAUUGUGCUUUAUAAUACAGGUGCAUUUUACAAGUGAAGUCUAUUAUGCCGAGUUGCCUGAUCUGUCUAAUCGUCCGUGUUAGGAACUGUUCGUUACCAAGUUAUUAAUAUGUAAACAUUACCACAACAUAUCAGAGAGUGCCUUCAGUUGUAACUGUUUACUUACACAUAUAUAGCAGGUACAUCGUACAGGUGUAUUGAACAGGUACAUCGUACAGGUGUAUUGAACAGGUACACUGUACAGGUGUAUUGAACAGGUACACUGUACAGGUGUAUUGAACAGGUACACCACACCGUACAGGUGUAUUGAACAGAUACACCACACCACACCGUACAGGUGUAUUGAAGAUACACCACACCGUACAGGUGCAUUGAACAGGUACACCGUACAGGUGUAUUGAACAGGUACACCGUACAGGUGUAUUGAACAGGUACAUCGUACAGGUGUAUUGAACAGAUACAUCAUACAUCUCAUUACUUAUCACCUAUGACACAGUGCUGUCCCUUGGUCAGUGCUUCUUUAUGUAUGUUAACUUUAAAAAAACAUUACUAAAUAUUAUUUUGAAAUAAAAUCUAUAUAUAUUUGUAGAAAAGUAAAGUUUAGUAUAAUUACCUACUUUCAUAUGCAAUAUUUUGCUUGUUAAAAAUUAAAGACUUUAUACAAUUAUAUGCUUUAAAUGCAUUUUGUAAACGUUAUUUGAAGCGAAAUAUAGCAGCAGAACUAUUUAAUGUGCAACUAUUUACAUUAUUUGUAUUCUUACCAGAAUAAAGAUUGUGAACUAAAUAUUCAUCAAUUUAGAAUAUAAACCUUGAAAAAGUCUUUGCAGUUGGAAGCAAUAUUUUUAAUAAUUAUAAGUAGGUGUUAAUUGAGAAUUUUGCUGAUCAUAUCCAGACAAGGCUCCAACACCAGCAAGAGGUGGGCUUAAUACUUAUCAUAAAGCACAUUUUUGUAGCACUAUAUAGUGAUACAGGUAAAUUAUAGUAGUGCUAAUUAGUGUCACAGGUAAAUUAUUGUAAAAUUAUUUGAAAGAGUGAUGACCAUUGAAAGCCAUGCCCAUAUAGGAGUUGAGUUGAGUGACACAGGUAAAUUACGAAAGUGCUAUAUAGUGACACAGGUAAAUUAUGGUAGCACUAUGUAGUGACACAGGUAAAUUACGAUAGUGCUAUAUAGUGACACAGGUAAUUCAUGGUAGCACUUUUUGAGGACACUGAUAAUAAACCUAUUUUAUAAGUCAUAUGUAAAAUGGGUUUUCCUCGCUUGUUUAUUUGCAUUAUAAUAUACAUUAAAUUCUUGAUAACUUUAAUAUAUUACUACUGUACUUAAGUCUUGUAAAAUAUUUGACAUAUGAUGAAUCAAAAUUAAAUGAAUUAUU